GCGAAUACUUCUUGUUGGACACACUGGACAUGGGAAAAGCUCUACUGGGAACUCACUUCUUGCCAGGGAAGAAUUUGAAAAUGGACUCCUUCAUGAAUCCAUAACAAAAACCUGUCACCGAGGGGUAGUGCGUCGCUUUGGCCGGAAAAUAGAUGUCAUAGACACACCAGGAUUGUUUGAUACUUCUCAUGAUGACACCUUUGUAAAGGAAGAAUUGUUGAAAUGUGUUGGGCUGACACUACCUGGAUUUAAUGCUAUCUUUUUAGUUCUUCAGCCGUUAAGACUGUCUCAAGAAAUAGAAGACACUGUGGAUCUUUUUUUCAAAUUCUUUGGUGAAGAAGUCAGUGACUAUGCAUUUAUUGUUCUCACACAUGUUGAAAAUGAUCAAAAGAAAAAAAAAUACUUUGGCCUGGAUGGCAAUACAAAACAACCUUCAAAGGUUGAGAAGUUACUACAUCGUUUCAAAGGAAAGACUUUAUUUAUUGACAAUGAGGCUGAUGUAAGCACAAAAGAUGGAAUGGUCUGGAAGAUUCUCAAUGAAAUUGAUGAGAAUACUGCUAAGCUAAAAGUACCCUAUUUCACAAAUGAAAUAACUGAAAGAACUAAAACAAUAGCUAUAAAGAUAUCAGAAAAUAAAAGCCAAGGACUAACAAAUUUUGAUGAAAUAAUAUCAUCAUCUGACAUGGAAACUGGAACAAGUAUUCAGAAACAGGAUAUGGAUGAUAAGGUCACAUCUGAAGCACAGCAUGCGGAGAUUCCACAACAAACACAUUUGACAAGUCAAAUAUCUGUUGAAAACCAGACUGAAACAUCAGAACAACUGAAUAAAGCAACAGAACUUGUAAAUAAGCCUGCUGAAACUUCAGAACCAAAGAGUGAAACUACAGUUCCUGAUGAAAAGCAAAGUGACACUUCUCAAAAGCAGAAUAAAACUGCAGUACCCAAAACUUCAGACCAGCAUGAUGACAGUUCUGAAGAACAGAAUGAGCCAAACCUGUCAGCAAAACCCAAAACAAAGAAAUCUGGAAAUUCAAAGCAACCAAAAGAGGAAGAAAGCUCAAGCCAAACAUCAAUAGAAAAUUAUGAAAAGUAUGAAUACUAUAAAACACUUCUUGAAGAUAAAGAACUUUCACGUAAAGUACUUGCAAAACUGAUUGACACAUUUUGUCCUAAAAUACCUGUUAUUGGAAAGGUAUGUAGAUAUUUUCUUAAAAAAAUAUUUAAACAGGUAAACAUAGAAAAAGUCGCAAUAAAAGAAUGAGCAUAAACGGAUAACUUUUAAAGUCAAAAGCAAAAACUUCAUUUGUUUCAUCUUGUAUGUGAUGAUAAAUUAAAUACAUAAUUUUAUUCAUUUUAAUACAGCAUAAUACAGAAAUUUUGGUCAAAUAAAGUGAAACAAUAUGAUGAUAUAAUCCUGAUACAUAAAUUGUGAUGUUUAACAAACAAGUGUGGCUGUCCUGUCAAUUUGCCUUUUUAAUACAAUAUAGUUUAAGAUUCUAUUACAGUGUUUAGGAAACACAAAUUACACUUUCCAAUAAUAACUUGAGCCAUAUGUACACAAGAAUUGCCAAGAACAAGAAUUAUAGGUUGUUGUCCUUUUACAUAUUUUCUUAAAAACACUGCUGGUAACAUUAAGUUACCAUUAGGAGAGUAGUAUCUUUUUUGUCCCGUACCGGUUUCACCGGAGGGGAGUUAUGGUUUGAGCUCUGUCCGUCAGUCCGUCAGUCAGUCAGUCCGUCACACUUUUCUGGAUCCUGAAUAUUUUUUCAUGAAACUUGAAACAUGGAUAGAUGGCAAUAUGGACAUUAUGCACGUCAUUUCGUUAUGU